UCCCCCGCCCUUUUCCAUCUUCCUUCACUCAUCUUCCACUCUUACAAUUCCCACUCUCUUCUCCCCUCGACACCUCGUCACCUUCACAAUGGCCGCUGUCGCCCGUUGCCUCCGCCCCUUCGCCUCGCGCGCCCUCUCCCAGCAGCUCCCUCUGGCUGCCGUCCGCAGGGUGUCGCCCGCUGCGGGUUUCCCGCGGGGAAGCAUCCGGAGCUUUUCGCAGAGCCCGUUGUCGCAGUUGAAGAAGUACACCGAGUCUCACGAGUGGAUUGACCUGGCCGACAACGGCACGGCCAAGAUCGGAAUCACCGAGUACGCCGCCCAUUCCCUGGGCGACGUCGUCUAUGUGGAGCUCCCCAGCGCCGACCUGGAGGUCGCAGCCGGCGAGCCCGUCGGUGCCGUCGAGUCCGUCAAGUCCGCCUCUGACGUCCUCUCCCCUGUCUCGGGUACCGUGUUGCAGGGCAACGCCGCCCUCGAGGACAAGGCUAAGCUUAUCAACGAGAGCCCCGAGGGUGAUGCCUGGAUCGCCGAGAUCAAGGUCAACGAUCCGGCUGAGCUGGAUGCCCUGCUGGAUGAGGCUGCCUACAAGGAGUCUAUCAGUGGUGAGGACCACUAGGUAUAGGUAGAUAUCUAAGCUUCUUUUAUUAUUAUCAUUAUUAUUUGGUUCGGGAAAGGCUUUUCCGGGUGUCUGUUUUUUUGUACGUAGUAGAAUUGGGAUUGAUUGCAUGUGAAUUG